AUGAGCUACACCACCAAGGCUGAAGGUCAGGAGAGCACCCUCGAGUACAGGCUCUUCUUCGAGAAGGAUGGUCAGAGGGUCUCGCCCUUCCACGACAUCCCCCUCGCCGUCGAUGCGGAGAAGGGCAUCUUCAACAUGGUUGUUGAGAUCCCCAAGAACACCAGGGCCAAGCUUGAGAUCAGCAAGGAGGAGGCCUUCAACCCCAUCAAGCAGGACGUCAAGAACGGCAAGCUCCGCUUCGUCGAGUACGGUGAGGGCUACAUGUGGAACUAUGGUGCCUUCCCUCAGACCUGGGAGGACCCCUCGCACAAGCACCCCGACACUGAUGCCUUCGGCGACAAGGACCCGCUCGACGUCUGCGAGAUCGGCAGCGCCGUUGCCAAGACUGGUGACGUCAAGCAGGUCAAGGUGCUCGGCGCCAUGGCUCUCAUCGACGAGGGUGAGACUGAUUGGAAGAUCAUCGCCAUCGACGUGAACGAUCCCCUCGCCGAGAAGCUCAACGACAUCGACGAUGUAGAGAAGGAGAUGCCGGGCUACCUCCACGAGACCUACGUGUGGUUCAGGGACUACAAGGGCGCCAACGGCAACAAGUUCGCCUUUGAGGGCAAGGCCAAGCCCAGGGACUAUGCCCUCAAGAUCAUUGAGGAGAACAGCGCCUUCUGGAAGAGGCUCGUUGCGGGCGAGGCUGAGCCCAAGGGCAUCUCCCUCGAGCGUGCCAGCCAGUAA